AUGUGUUCAGGUAAAUGGAAAUCCCUUGAACACCCAACAAAUUUACAUGUAAUUUCAAAUCAUAUCCCAAGGUAUUCGUUCAUUACUUGGGUUGCUCGCACUCACAAACUCCAGACUAGAGACAGCCCAGCCCUGGCAAAGAAAAUUGUUCCAAAUUACUGCUCUCUGUGCCUUGCUGAUGCUGAGAGUCAUCAACACCUUUUCUUCAAAUGUAGUUUUGCUUCGGAGGUGUGGAUGUUUUUCCAACACCUUUGUGGAAUUUAUGUUGGGGAUUCUAACUUAUAUGACAUUACCAACUGGAUCGUGUCUAGGUGGAGGGAUGGAACUAAAGCUCCAGAUGCUUAUGUAUACAAGCUCUGCCUUACUACAACUGUCUACUUCAUAUGGAAAGAGAGAAAUAGGCGACAUGCCAUGAAUCAAGUUGCCUCUGCUGCUUCAGUUACUAAACUGAUCUACAAUGAUGUUAGGAACCGUCUCUUGUCCUGCAAACUGCGUGAUUUGAAGGCUGCGAGAUCUAUUGCAGCUGCUUGGAGUUUACCUAGUUCUGUUUUUGGUGAGGGGCAUUAG